AACGCUGCCAUUACUACUCCUAAGAUUUUACAGAGUCAUUUUCAUAAGAUUUUUUAUUGACAGCUCAUUUAUUGCCGCGUUUAAAAAUGGAGGUGUUUAUUCCAGAAAAGGAGGAUAUUCUCGAUUUCAAGUUAAAAGAUGCUCAUAGUUCCUUGGAUGAACUAGACAUAGACGAUUUGUACGUUCGAUACAAGAAACUACAAAAAACGCUUGAAUUUCUAGAAGUACAAGAAGAAUAUAUAAAAGAUGAACAGCGCAAUUUAAAAAAAGAAUAUCUUCACGCUCAAGAGGAAGUCAAGCGCAUUCAAUCAGUCCCAUUAGUGAUUGGCCAAUUCCUAGAAGCUGUUGACCAAAACACAGGGAUAGUUGGUUCAACAACUGGUUCCAACUAUUAUGUUCGUAUUUUAUCUACCAUUGACCGCGAAUUAUUAAAGCCAUCGGCGUCGGUGGCAUUGCAUAAACAUAGUAAUGCCUUAGUAGACGUGCUCCCUCCAGAAGCCGAUAGCUCAAUAUCGAUGCUGCAACCAGAUGAAAAGCCCGAUGUAAGUUACGCAGAUAUUGGAGGGAUGGAUAUGCAAAAACAAGAAAUUCGUGAAGCUGUCGAAUUGCCUUUAACACACUUCGAAUUAUACAAGCAAAUUGGUAUUGAUCCCCCGCGCGGGGUGUUGAUGUACGGACCACCCGGUUGUGGAAAAACUAUGUUAGCUAAGGCAGUAGCCCAUCAUACAACCGCUUCUUUCAUUCGCGUUGUGGGUUCUGAGUUUGUUCAAAAAUACCUCGGUGAAGGACCCCGCAUGGUACGCGAUGUUUUUCGUUUAGCAAAGGAAAACGCUCCAGCUAUAAUAUUUAUUGAUGAAAUUGAUGCAAUCGCAACGAAACGAUUUGAUGCUCAGACAGGGGCCGAUAGGGAGGUGCAGCGUAUCCUAUUGGAGCUUCUGAAUCAAAUGGACGGGUUCGAUCAAACGACGAAUGUAAAAGUCAUUAUGGCAACAAAUCGGGCCGACACAUUGGAUCCUGCACUCUUACGACCUGGUCGGCUUGACAGAAAAAUUGAGUUUCCUCUUCCAGAUAGAAGGCAAAAGAGGUUAAUAUUUUCCACAAUUACAUCAAAAAUGAAUUUAAGCGAAGAUGUGGACCUGGAAGAUUUUGUCGCGAGACCCGACAAGAUCUCUGGAGCAGAUAUUAAUGCUAUUUGUCAAGAGGCGGGUAUGCAUGCUGUCAGAGAGAACCGAUAUAUUGUUUUAGGUAAGGACUUCGAAAAAGGUUAUAAAAAUAAUAUUAAAAAAGAUGAGCAGGAACAUGAGUUUUAUAAAUAAGAAUUUCAAGGUUUAUGGUUUAUGCUUAUAAAGAUUAAAUAACUAUUGUCAUAACAACUCGAAA